AUGGCUUGCGCGUUGGCUCAGGCGGCGGUGGAGUUAAGCUUUUGUCGAGCGAGGGUCUAUGAGGAUGCCUUUAUGACCGACGACACAUUGUCGUUGUUCCAACAUAAAUUCUCACUAGGGGCUACGCCUCGCAGUUCCAAUGGCAUGGGAGCUUCAUUCACAGUUUUAUUGGUUUAUGUAGAUGAUAUACUCUUAACAAAGAAUAAUGUUGCUUGUGUCAACCAUUUGAAGCAAGUGCUUGAUGAUAAGUUUGGCUUAAAGGAUCUAGGUUCAUUGAGAUAUUUUCUGGGUUUGGAGUUGGCUAGGACUGAAGAAGGAAUCAGUCUUAACAAAAGGAAGUAUGCCUUAGAAAUACUCAAGGACACUGGUUUUCUUGGCAGCAAACCAGUGAAGUUUCCCAUGGAACAAAACUUGAGGUUAUCUAAAUAUGAAGGCAAGUUAUUGGAGGAACCAAGUCAAUAUAGAAGACUAAUUGGGAGACUUUUAUAUCUCACCUUGGCAAGACCUGACUUGACUUAUGCAGUGCAUAGGUUAAGUCAGUUUGUAUCACAACCAAGGGAACCACAUUUGCAAGCAGCUCAUAGGGUGCUCCAAUUCAUUAAAGGGUCACUAGGUAUAGGUAUUUUCUUUCUAAGUAACACAAAGUUGCAUAUCAAAUCAUUUUGUGAUGUAGACUGGGCUGGAUGCCCAGACACAAGGAGAUCUCUCACAGGUUAUGCAAUAUAUUUAGGGGAUUCUCUAAUUUCUUGGAGAUCAAAAAAGCAAGGAGUUGUUUCAAGGUCUUCAGUUGAGGCUAAAUAUCGAGCCAUGGCAAGUAUAUCUUGUGACAUCACUUGGGUUUUGCGGUUGUUGAAGGACUUGAGCAUUGAACAUUCAAGACCAACUAUGCUAUUUUGUGACAAUCAGGCUGAAUUAUAUAUUGCAGCAAAUUGCCUUUCAUGA